CAGGCAGGUCAACUGCGAUAGAGAGAGCGCAGUCAGUAGCAAGCACUAGCAGCAGUGUACGCCCUUUACGCCCAAUAUGCAAGUACGUCAAUAGGCGUCGUGGGUGCCGUGCCGGCGAGGCGUGCAAGUUCCGGCACAGCGAGUUGGAGACCAAGAGCCCGCAUCAGGCGAAGCAGACAUGUCGUUAUUAUGAAGCAGGUUACUGCAAGAAAGGCGCUGAAUGUUGGUAUCGUCAUGCCAGCCCCCCACCAGCGGCACCGGAGGCAGGUCCUUCCAGCCGCCCCGCUGAGGCGACUCCAAGUGUCGCAGAGAGCAGAGAAGAGGAAUCCAGUGACAUAGACGACCUUGCCUGCAUGAUCUGUUAUGACACGCCGAGCCAGUAUGGCCUGCUAUCUGGGUGCAGCCACGUAUUCUGUUUGACAUGUAUGCGCGGGUGGAGGGAUGUGAAGGAUAAGGAGCUGUCGAUGCUGGAAUCGGGAGUGGUCAAGGCGUGCCCAGUAUGCAGGGUGAAGUCCCGAUUUGUGACGCCCUCGUCGCAGUUUUACCCAGAGGGUCAUCCCAAGAAGCAAGAAAUGGUGGCGGCAUAUAAGGCGAGCAUGGCACGAGUACCGUGCCGGUACUUCGCAAGUUCGCUACAGAGGAACCCACCACGCCCAUAUUGUCCUUAUGGUCGGGAGUGUUUCUACGAGCACAAGCUCCCGACAGGAGAGGUGCAUGAAUUCCCACAUGGCGCGGACUAUUACAUGACAGUGCAACGGGAGCGGACACAACGGCAGCGACGAUCCCAGUUCGGGCGGAACUUAGAGCUCCUCACCGACGCGGUAUUCACUGCCGGUAUGGCUGGACACAGUGGUGCGGAUAUCCGGCGUGAGUUGGAAACCGACGGAUUUUGGAACGAAAUUUUCGCCGGCAUGGGCUGGGAUAUAGAAACGCAAGGCCCACCAGCUGGAAUUGAAGGGCCACUACCCCCGCCACCUGGUCCAGGAAGGAGUUUUGCUGAGAUGACCACGAUCCGCCGUCUGCUCUCGACACUCGCCAACAACCUCGAUGGAAACUACUACGAUGAUGGUGACGAUGACGAGAUCAUGCCAAGCUUCCAGAUGCUCCGUCCUGCUGUUACAGAGCGGGAUCGGCUCGUCCGUGGGGUCGCAGAGAUGAUCGACACUGCGCGGGAACAGGAGCGAGAACGCGAGCAUACCCGUACUCCGCAUAACUACUUUGGACCCAGACCACCAAGUCCGCAUCCCGUAGCGGCACGUAGCUCACCGGCGAGCGAGAGUGGUCGUGCCGAUCCUACUGAACGCGAAGCUGAGCGGGAGGAAGAAGAGCAGCCUACAUCAGCUCGUGCGAGAUCGAGCUCAAGGAGAUCGAGCUACUACGGGCCGAGACCACCCAGUCCCCACCCUAGCGCUGCGGUGAGAUCAGCACCCGCAAGUGUACAUGGAGGGGACGACAUGCUACCAUUAGACAUCGAGACGGACGAGGAGGAAAGCGAGUCGGAGGAGGAGGAGGCCGAACACGACGGAGCAUCGGCGGAUCGCACGACCUGGGAAGAGGUGCGAGCGGCCAGGGUCCGGCGGUUUGGUGCUCCUGCCCAUGUUACACUUGAGGAACCGGCUCCUCCGCCUUAUUCACCUCGAGUGUCUAUCGUACCGCAUGGGGCGGAAGUUGCUCAGGUACCUGCGGGGGGAUCCCGCCAGAAUCCGAACCCACGCCGCGGACGGAACGCAGACUUCGAAUCGUCAGAAUCUGAGCUUAGCGACGGGAGUUAUGAAGAUGAGGAUAGUGACGAAGAUGAUGGGGAGGAAGAACUAUGGCGCGGUGCGAUUUCGGCUGCCCUCGGUUUGCGAGGGGGCGAAGCGCAAUUCGUGCUUUCUGCCCCUGCAGCGCCCGUUCACUCGUCAUUUGCUCCUCAAACGCUCGAGCAGGCUCUCCAUUUGCAGGACGAUAUCCGUGCCCGCAUUCGGCUAGUACCUGAUGGGGCAGCUUCCCGCCCUGUAAUCCCCGUCCCACGCAUCGCGCGCUCUUCCCGCGGCUCACCAGAAUAUGGAUUCUCACUACAUCCUGCGGGCGUUCUAGCAUCUUCAUCUCGGGGGGGCUUGAACUCGGCCGGUGCCGCGAGCUCUCGCGGCGGUGUCCGUAUUGUGGGCAGUCCGCCCAGACCGCCUUACAUGUACACCCCUCUGUCCGAGGAUUUGAGGUCGGACUGGGGACCGGCUGCUGCGCACGAAGAUGACCUCGACGAACACGGCAGCGCGGGGGGCGCGGCGUCUAGUGGGAGCUUGGCUUCCCGCCUGAUCUCUGGUUUAUUUAGGCGGGACGCGGGGCAGGAGAGGCGAGCCGGGUGACGCGGGAUAGUGGUGGAGAGGGGGGGUAGAGUUGCGGAACUCGUGCAGGAUCGGCAUGUUAGAUGGAGCGGAAUGGGGGAUGUUGGUCAGCCUGGCGUGGGUAGGGAUGCGCCGAUAUGUUGGAUGUGUAGGAUACCAUGAGGACACAAGUGUACAUUGACC